UCUUGAUUUUGAUUGAAUAUAUUCAUGUUCAUGUUGAAUUUUGAAUUUAUGUUUGAAAUCAUGGAAUCGUUAUUGUCAAAAAUUCAUAACCAAACCCUAUCCAGUGAAUCAGAUUUAUUCACAUUGUUUGAAAUAUCGGCCAGUAAUAAUAAUCUGACCCAAUGGCAUCAAUGUUAUUUUCUCAUUCAGAAACAAAACAUGCCACCUUUAAAUCGCGAGCACAAAUUUGUAUUUGGGGAAAAAUUUGAGAAAAUUUAUCGAAUCAAAACGUUUGAAUUACAUCCAACACAUGUGUUGGAGAUAUGGCAAUUAUUUUUGGCAAAUUUUGACACCAAAAAUCGUUGUACAAUGCGAUUAUUUUUCCUAUUCAUAUCACACAUUCGAAUAGUAGACAAUAGAAAAGAUUCGUCGAUUCAACGAUUUCUCGUUCUGAUCGAUUCGACUGUCGAACGGUUGGAAAAUGAAACAUCACCAUUAAAAUGUAAAUGUGAAUGUCUAUUUCAAAUCUAUUAUUCACUAGCCUCUAUUGUUGUCAAUUUCAUUCAUUAUCAACAAACAUCACCAAUCGAAUUAAAAUCUGAUGCAUUCAACUUAUAUGAUCUGACCACUAUAUUUCCGAAAACGACGGUGAAAUAUUGGCGAAAAUGUUAUGAUAAUUUUGACAAUCUAUCCGAUGAUCGGGAUGAGAAAAUUUACUUGAUUCGAUUAUUAUUGCUCAACUAUCGACUAAUUAAACAACGUGAUAACAAUGUUGAUCAUCAUGAAUUAUUCAACAAAUUAUUGAAUCAGGUGUUGAUAAGUAAAACAUUAUUGGUGGGUGAUGUUUUCAAUUUUCUUCUCUCCGAGUUGAAUAGCAAUCAAGAUCUUGUGUCAAUUUUGGAAUUUUUAUUCGACACUUUUAUCAAUAAUAAUGAUGAUGAUGGUGAUGAAAGCAAUGAAACCAUCAAAGCAAUUUUCCAUCAUCAACAACAUUGGGAAAGUAAAUGUUUUCAAAAUGUAUUGAUAACAUUAUUUUUGAAAAAAAUUCACUACCUUAUUCCACAAAUAUUCAAUGAUGAUUCAUUGAUGACGCAGCAACCACAUUGGCUCAAAUAUGGCUGUGAUAUACCCGAUUCGACCAUUGACAAACAUAUGAAAAUGAUCCAAUCGCUUCAAACAUUUUCCGAUCAAAUCAUUCAAACCGAUCGAUCAUUAUUGGAUGAUGAGAUGUUGAUGGAAAAUAAUCGUUACGUUGUGGAUAAAUGUACCCAGAAUCAUGUACGAAAACUAUUUGAAAUAUUUUUGCAAUGUGUUCCACUUGAAUAUAUCGCUCCAUUCAAUCAGAUUCGUUUGAUUCUCAUCUCAUGGGCCAUUCAAUUGGAAUUCAUCAAAAAUGAUGCGGCCAAUCAAUUUUCGCCAAUUUUUGUGCCGCUCAAUCUUCGUCUUUGGUGUUCGGUACGAAAAAUUUGGUUUUUUGAUUUCAUCUCACCAAGCAAAUACAUUUAUACAUUGUUAGCAAAUGUUUGCGAUUAUUUCAUCAACGAGUGUCCCACAUUAUUCGAUCGAUUGAUAGCAACAAUGUUCAGAAUGAACGAUAAGGAACGUUUACUGCAAUCACUGGAGCAUUUGAUCAAUUUGCUUAAAUGUCAUGAUAAUGUUAAUGAAAAGGGAAUCGGUUAUGUUUUCAUGCUUGAAACUAUUCUAUUGCGAAACUUUCGACAAUUCAAGAGAAGAAUGGAAAAAUCCAAUCAUCAUCUUGAAUCUGAAUUCAAAUGCCAAUUAUCCGCCAACCACAAACAACUGAUUCGUUUGAUGUAUAAAAUGGUGAAUGAAUUUUUCCAACAACAAAAACUAUCCAAUAAGCACAAAGAUUUUGUUUUUGUCAUCGAAGCUUCCACUGAAUUGUUUGAGGAGAAAUUAAUUGACCGUGGCGAUGCUUCUUCUCUAAUCAAUUGCAAGGGCAAAUGGCGAAAAUUAUUCCACAAAUUUCUCUCUUUAUUUGACGAUGAAAAUCUUUCGAUUACCAAUCAUGGUAAUGAUAAUGAAUGUUUGAUUCAUUUCAUAAGAUUUAUUGCUCAUAAUCGACAAAAGUUGGCACAUUUAUUACCAGAUGAUUUGCUCAUGAAUCGAUGGAAUGAAAUUGUUGUCGGUGUCAAAUUGACCGCAACUAUUGAUUCGACAGGAUUUUGUCAUCAGAUCAAUUCAAAAUCUGACUGGAAAAAAAUAUUUCAAUCUGAGGAAAACUUGCACAAUUUCAAAACAGUUUCCGAUGAAAUGUUUCAGUUCAAAGAUAUGGCAAAAAGAUUCGAUGAAUGUGACAAAUGUAUCGAUACAAUUGAUCCGUUAUUGGGCCCGAUUCUUGAAUCAAUCAUCGAUGUAAACGAAAUGGAAAAUUCCCUACGACAAUGUCUCGAUCAUCUCCACGUACAUUGUCUAGAUUUAGCACAGGCUAAAUUCUAUGUUCAUAUUCUGGCGAAAAUGGCCACCGAAACCACAAUGAAUUCGAAAGAGAAAACUCAAGUGUUGAACAAUCAUUUCAGUGAGAUAAUCGAAACAAUGAUGAUGAUAUCAUUUUUGAGCAAUAAUAAAUUUACCGACAACAACAAUUGUUCGCAAGCAAUGUAUCAAAUAAAAGUGAAAAUUUUACAAUUCUGCCAUGAUUCACUGGACCGAUUCAUCCAAUUCGAUCUCAUAACGAAUGAACAUUUAUUUCUGAUCUACAAUCUAUGUUUCGAAGUAAACAUCUUUGCAUACGGCGGUCGUAUCGGAUUGUAUUGCGAAUUAUUUGCCCGAAUACAAGAAAUCAUUCAUCUGACAAUAUCACGUCGGCCAUAUCUAGCCAUUGCAUCAAUGUGUACCGGUCGUAACGUCAUACGGGCAAAUCUUGCUUCAUUAAUUCAGAUGACCAAUGAACAAACACUCGGUAAUGCAACCGAUACGGAGAAAAUGCAAUUGGAACAAUGUUCGAAUUCUUUGCAACAAUCUAUUGCUCAUUUAUCACAGUAUGAUCAAUUCCAUCCAUAUGCCCAACAUUUGAUUGCCGAUUAUUUGGAAUUAUCGUUGAACAACCCGACAACAACAACAACAGUAACAACAAUGAUCAAACAGAAUUUACAACAAUCCAUGUACCAUUUGAUUGAUUCUUUAAUGAAGAAACAAACAAAUGGCAAUGUAGUGAAAAAUCUUUAUUCGCGACUGAAUCAAAAAUCACGACAAUUAUUUCGAAAACUGUUGGAAUACCAUGAUCAUUAUUACCGAUUUAAAGGCUAUGUUUGAACAGUGCUUAAUAAAUAAAAAUAAAAAUUUUGUUUUUUUCGAAAAAAA